UAUAUCUAUCUGUUUGGUUAUUUUUGUUAUUUUUUUUAACUUUUAUUUUUUUAAUGGAGAGUUCUUUCCUCGUUAGUGCAUUAAAAAGAACUCAUGUUUUCAGGCUUUCAUUUUACAAACAAUUAUGGUACAGUCAGGGUCAAUUUGGGAGAAAAUGUGCAAGGCAAGCAUAUCAGACAUCCUGUGAAGCUCUUGUCUACAGAACACAUGGUCACUACAAGGACGUUCUGCACUUGGAAAAAGUGCCUUUGCAUUAUGUUGGAGAUGAAGAUAUUCAUAUAAGAAUGCUUGCUGCACCAGUAAAUCCAGCAGAUAUAAACAUGUUGCAAGGCACAUAUGGGAUUAUCCCUUCUUUGCCAGCAAUUGGUGGGAAUGAAGGUGUGGGAAAGGUGUUAAAUGUUGGAAGUGAGGUGCAUAAUAUAAAACCAGGAGAUUGGGUUAUUCCAGUAAAAUCCUGCUUUGGUACAUGGAGAACGGAAGCAGUUUGCAAGUCAAGUGAAGUCAUCUCUGUACCCAAAGACAUGUCUGUGAUAAGUGCUGCUACUCUCGGUGUUAACCCCUGCACAGCUUAUAGAAUGCUAAUGGAUUUUGUUUCAUUACAGCCUGGUGACACAAUUAUUCAAAAUGGAGCAAACAGUGCUGUUGGACAAGCUGUAAUCCAGAUCUGUGCAUCAAUGGGAAUAAAUACUAUUAAUGUUAUUCGUGACAGGCCUAAUAUCAACAACUUAAUAGAUAAACUACAUUUCCUUGGAGCAAACUACGUUAUUACUGAAAGAAACUCUUCUGAGGCAGAAAUGGGAAAUAUAUUUAAGGUAGUUCCAAGACCUAUUUUAGCCCUUAACUGCAUAGGGGGGAGCAGCGCUGGAAGCAUCUUUACCCACCUCCAGGAUGGGAGCACCAUGGUUACGUAUGGUGGAAUGUCAAAGAAACCUACCCCACUACCGGCAAAAGCCAUGAUAUUUCAAAAUAUAAAGAUAUGUGGAUUUUGGAUGACUCAGUGGAAGCAAAACCAUAAGCAUGAUCUGGAAAGACUGAAAACAAUGGUGUGCUAUUUGUCCGACAUGGUACAAAAAGGAAAACUAUUAGAACCACUAUGUAAACAGGUUCCAUUUUAUGAUUACAAUACUGCCCUGCAAGCCAGCAUGGAAAUGUACAGUCGCAAAUAUGUGCUUAGAAUGGACUGAUAUUCUUUACACUAAGGAACAUGGUUGCCCAACAUAAGGUCUGUAGACCACAAUGCAGCAUUCCAGUUUUUUUUAUAUGGCUAUGACAACACUUCCAACAAAAUAAAUCUACCGUCAUUGCAACGACACAAUGUUCACAAACUGAUUCAUAUCGAAUGAGUAUAGUGCCAGUGUUUAUGCUACUGAGUCUUUUUGUAUAUGUAUAUUUGUCACCACUUUCCUUGUUAAAUAAUUAGUUUAAUAAUGUUUCUCUUUAUUUUUACAUUGAUCAAAGAAAUAGCUAAUUACUGUUCUAUUUAAUGCAAAAAUAAAUUGAGUUUGUCAAACAUUGUUUUUCAACCUCCUACCCUUCUAGAUUGUAAGUUCCCACGGGUAUAGGGCCCUCAAUCCUGUAUGUGUUAGUAAAAUUUUGUCCUGUCUCUUACAAGUUUUAUAUAAUUGUUUUAUUUAAAUUAAUUGUACCCAUGGACAGCACUGCAAAAUAUGUUGGUGCUUCAUAAAUAAAGUACAAUAAUAAUAAAUAAAGUUUAUUGUUGAUAACCACA